CCGAAGCAUCCUGUUUUUAAAACAAUCGAAAGUGAAAGUACCACUGGUGAAUGAGCUGUGACCGUCGCGGAGACCCGGCUUGCGUUUUCGCGUUGGGGUUCGGUUCUAAGCCACUGCUUCCUGGAGCUGCUCGGUGGCGGAGAGGGGAAUCAUGGAUGCUGAUAUGGACAACAAAGAGCAAGCUUAUGAAGAACUCUCAUCAGAUAUAGAAAUUUUGGAACGUGAACAAAACGAGGGAUUAAUUCAUGAAAUUUUAAAGGAAAACAUACAGCUAGAACAGGAGAUCAAAAGACUUGAAGCGGAGUUACACUCGGACGCCAGAGAAUUCCAAAUUAAAGAGAAUAUACCAGAAAGAAAGCUUAAGUUCACUUCAAUGAAGAGUUCCGAGGAUGGUGGCCAGUUCUCAAAUAGCUCCUGCUCAUUCCAAGUGAGCUCACAAAUUUUCUAUGAGCUCCAGAAAGGACAAGCACUUAUCACCUUUGAGAAGGAAGAAGUUGCGCAGAAUGUGAUAACGAUGGGGAAGCACGUGGUGCAGCUGGAGGGGAACUCCUUGGUGGUCACCGCGCAAGCAGUCCCGCUAAGCCUGGGCGUCAGAUUCCAGGUUCAUGUGGACGUUUCUAAGAUGAAGAUCAAUGUUACGGGAAUCCCUGAUGAACUGCCGGAGGAGCAGACGAGAGACAAGCUGGAGCUGAGCUUCUACAAGUCCGUGAACGGAGGCGGCGAGGUGGAAAGCAUAGACUACGACAGGAAGGCGGGGAGCGCUGUCAUCACGUUCCUGGAAAGUGGAGUUGCCGACAAGAUUUUGAAGAAGAAAACCUUCCCUCUUUAUAUGAAUCCAAAGUGCUAUCAAGUUACAGUCUCCCCCUUUAUAGAGAGACGCUUGGAAAAGUACCAGGUGUUUUCCGCCGUAUCGAAGAGGACCGUACUUCUGACUGGAUUAAAAGGCAUUCGGAUGGAUGAAGAGGAUGUGGAGGAUUUAAUCAACAUUCACUUCCAAAGAAGGAACAACGGAGGUGGAGAAGUCGACGUGGUCAAGUGUUCUUUAGAGGAGUCUUGCAUUGCGUAUUUUGAAGACUAGGCCAGAGAAACCACAUGCAAGUUAUAACUUUGAGCCCAAAUAACUGUCAACAUUUAUAAAAUACUGUUUUCCUUAAAAAAAAAAAAGAAUU